AGCCACGUGAUCUGGGCUGUCAAACCGUGGGAUGUCAGAGGGCGCGAGGCGAUUGGGGAAAAAGGGGGCGGAGUCGCAGCGCUUAUCUGUACUAGGUGCUCAUCAGCGGUCCGCCCUGUGAUCGGUCACGUGAUCAGUGGAAAGGCCUGUCCCCGGCGCUGGGAGUCCACAGGAAUGUCCUUGUCAUUGGAGGAUGCUUCGGAAUCUUGCUGGGAAGAGAAAUCAGAUGGACAGAGAGACACCACACCAGAACGAUUAAUGGACCAUCCAGAUGGCCAUUUGGCACCAGAAGACUCCCCGACUCCUCCUUGCCCUGACUGCGGUCGGACGUUCCAAACCCUUCGGGCCCACAACCUUCAUCGGCGCAACCACACUGCCGACCUCUCCUACACCUGCAAAGUCUGCGACACAGCUCGGGCCGGUGCUACAGAAGGCAGCGAAAAGCCCUAUGCCUGCUCUCAUUGUGGACGCCGUUUCUGCUGGUUACUAGCCCUACACAGCCAUCACGAACAGCAACAUACGGGACAGCGAGGCUACCAAUGUUCGCAGUGUGGCAAGCAGCUGUCCAGCCAGCCAGCAUUCCGUAGACACCAGCAAUCUCACCGCAAAGACAGGACAUGCAUCUUCUGUGGCAAAGCUUUCAACUGCUCGGCAAAACUAACAAGGCAUAUGCGUAUUCACACAGGGGAACGACCCUAUCAGUGUCCAGACUGCCCUCAGGCGUUUACGCAGCUUGAGACCCUCCGUGUCCACCAGUGGACUCACGAGGAUCCCAAACCCUACCAGUGCAAGGACUGCGGGCGAAGGUUUCGGGCUCAAUGCACUUUCGAGAAGCACAGAAAGUUACACAUUUCACGGAAACCGCACACUUGUCCCGUGUGCGGCAAAACCUUUUUCUUCUCCUCUCGCUAUAAGCGCCACUUGCGUGUUCAUACAGGGGAAAAACCCUUUCAGUGCCAGCAGUGUGGAAAGCGCUUUAACCAACGGUCUAAUUAUCAGCGGCACUGGGCUAUUCAUGUAGGCAAGAGGCCAUUUCCAUGUGACUUGUGCGAAAAGAGUUUCAGCCAGGCAUCAAAUUACCGGCGGCAUCUGAGAACUCACCGCAAGGAACCGGAUAGGUGGGAGGAAAAGGGGGACUUUAAAUGUAUUGAGUGUGGGGUUCACUUCCAGCAUGAAGGUGGGCUGCAUGAGCACUACAUACAACAUGCCAGAGGGGAGGUGAGACCAGUGCACUGAGUCGUUGUCUUUCCCGCUUCCUGUACACCCUAUUUAAUGUUCUGUACCACCCAGAAGGAUAUUUCAGGUCUGGUGCCAUGGACUUCAAAAGACCUACAGGGUCACAAGAGACAAAUUAACAGACAGGUGCUAGAGCAGUAGAAGUCCUCAGACAGAUGGUCAGAGCUGCCACAAACAAACCGAUCCAAAACAGAUUUUAACUAUAAGACAGGUAAGAAGGUCCAGGUGCUUGCCAACCACCCAUAUUCAGGGUAGAAGGUCUGAGUAGUGGCCACCCAACCAUAUUUAGGAUCAAAGGUUUGGGUGGUUGCCAGCCACUUAUAUUCAGGAUGGAAGGUCUGGGUGGUUGCCAACCACUCAUAUUCAGGGUGGCUACCCAACCAUAUUCAGUAUAGAAAGUCUUGGUGGUUGCAUACUAAAAUCUGUGUGUCAAUCACCAAACCAUAUUCAGGAUGGAAAGUCUGGGUGGUUGCCAGCCACUCUUGUUCAGGGUGGAAGGUCUAUGUAGUUGCCAAGCACUCGUAUUCAGGAUGGAAGGUCUGGAUGGUUGCCAAGCAUAAUAUUCAGCAUGGAUGGUCUGAGUGGUUGCCAACCACUCAUAUUCAGGGUGGACGGCCUGAGUAGUAGCCACUAGAGCUGCACGAUUAAUCGCGGAGAGAAUCUCGAUUCUCCCUGCCUGCGGGAUGACCCGCGAUUCUUCUG